CUCACUUCUAGAAAAUUUGCGGCUUUUGAAUGGAAAAAUAUCACAAGCGUGUUUUUGACUAUUUCAUUGGGAUUUCAAUGAAUAAUUUCAGCCUCUUUUCUUGCCGAUUUAUAAAGUGUUCACACAAUAAUCAUAAUCCCUCACAAACUCAGUUGUUCAGUAUUUCAUUAAGAUUCCUUGUUCCCUCAAUUUUUGAUCCAAGAAAAUGGCAGAGGCAUUAACAGAAGCUCAGAUUUCUGAGUUCCAGGAAGCCUUUUGUCUAAUUGACAAGGAUUCAGAUGGGCUAAUUUCCUUGGAAGAACUAGCGGCAGUGAUCCAAUCACUGGACGAACAUCCCACAAAAGAAGAAAUCCAAGACAUGAUCAACGAAGUUGGUGCCGAGGGAAAUGGGACAAUAGAUUGUGAAGAGUUCUUGAAUAUUAUGGCAAGAAAGAUGAAGGAAAAUGUUGCUGAGGAGCUGAAAGAAGCCUUCAAAGUAUUUGACAGAGACCAAGAUGGCUAUAUUUCAGCCAAUGAGUUGAGGCAAGUUAUGAUAAACUUGGGAGAAAAAUUGAGUGAUGAGGAGGCUGAGCAAAUGAUCAGAGAGGCUGAUGUAGAUGGUGAUGGUCUUGUUAGCUAUGAAGAAUUUGCAAGGAUGAUGAUGCUCAGUUGAUCUUUUUACUGGAGUCGUAGAAAUAGAACUUUUGGUCAAAUUUAAUCAUGUGUUUAAAUUAAACCCAUCAUUUAGGAAGCCAUUAACGCACAAUCUGCAAUUAUGGUUGUAAUACAUAGAAAGUGCUCCUUUAGUUUCAUUCUUCACAACAUAAUGAAGCAAAUUCUCAUAUUUGCAUUGGAUUUUUGCAGAUGUGUAAAAUAUCAUUACAUAAUUGUUCGCGUUUUUUUAUAAAGUAAAA